AUGCUGAGGCAAUCACGGCGCCUCCUCUGGAGGUCCCGAGGCCUGGUGUACACGGCACUUGCCAGUGUUUUUGUGUGCUCGCUGCUGCUCAGCGCCUCCUCCGGCGGAUAUGGCGUUGUUCCCUGGACCGUUGACAUGAGCGGUACGGCGAUGGGUUACGGAAGUGGGCGCAAGUCCUCGAAAGGAAAAGCAACGUCCGAGGAUUAUGACGACAAGGCAAACCAAUGGUUGUUCUCCAAGGAGUACAACGAAACUGGGUCAUUACCCGACGCUGGCGUGAUAUACGGGAACACCCUAUCCACACUCACCGACAAGGACAAAGUCCGACCCGACACGGAAGCAAACCUGACCUUGUCGGACGUUUCGACAUCCUUCACCGAAGAAUCCCCUUACUACUUCAAUCCCUACCCAAAAUACGACAGCGACGAGUGGAAGGAGGAGCACCGAAGCGAUUUCGUCCCUUGCGACGGGCCUCUUGGCGAGAUCAAGGACAUACAGGUGUUUAAGGGACACCCCGAGAAGUGGCCUGCCCCGAGCUUCGGAAGCUUCGAUUUGUUCGAUAUCGACCCCAAUUUGUGUUAUGAGAGGGACACGAGGCUAGGUCAGUAUGGAAUGCAGUUGCAGUUCGACAGACCAGCACACAUGCUGGAUUGGACCAAGGUACACUGGGGGAAGCUGCAGCAGGAGUGCGCAGAGAAGAACAAGGCGCGGUUCGACAGCUCAGUUCACUCUGAGGAGUCUGUCACAGCAGGCGACAAGGAAUCCAAGAAGGGAAGCCCGUCGAUAGGUGAGACAUCUGAAGAACUCAAGAAGCAGAGGCAGGCGCAGCGACUGAAGCGACGGGGAUCCGCGAAAACAACAGAAACAGCCGGCCAAGUUAACUCGUCAUCCCCUAUCAUUCGACCGGAGAACCCUCCCGAGUCCAGGACGGCUGUUUUGCUACGGUCCUACACGGGCAAACGCUAUACCGACAAUGAAAAGCACAUGAUCCGAUCACUCAUCAAUGAGUUGUCACUGCGAACUGGCGGGGAGUAUCAGGUCUAUCUCCUUGUGCAGGUCAAGGACUCACUCGAGGAUCUUGCACUGUGGGACAAGGAGACAUACAAGUACAUCAUGCAAACCCAAGUCCCCAAGGAGUUUCACGAUAUUGCCAUACUGUGGGGCAGCUAUGAAGUACAGGAGAUCUACCCCUUACUCGACCCUCUGGACGCCGCGACAGUCCAUAAUGCACAAUGGCUGUCAGUGCAGAAGUUCUCUCAGGAGCACCCAGAAUUCGACUACGUCUGGAACUGGGAAAUGGACUCCCGGUUGAUCGGCCAUCAUUACGACGUGCUCACAAAGAUAGCCCAAUUCGCCAAGAAGCAGCCAAGAAAGGGGCUCUGGGAGCGAAAUGAGCGCUUCUACGUUCCAGAGUACCACGGCGACUACGACACCAAGUAUCGCAAGUGGGUGGAGAAGGCCUCCGGGAAGGAUACUAUCUGGGGCGCGCCUGAAUUGCCAUUCAUCAACCCCGUCGGACCCAAGCCGCCUGUGGCGUCGCCAGCGCAGGACAAAUACGAGUGGGGAGUCGGCGAGGAUGCCGAUCUCAUAACACUUUCGCCAAUGUUCAAUGUCGAUGAGAGCAACUGGAUCCUUCGGGACCAGGUCUGGCAGUACAAUGACACCAAGCACAACUCGACCGAGCUGCCCCGCCGGGCAACCAUCGUGACACAGUCGAGGCUCUCAAAGCGCCUCAUCGACGCCAUGUCAGCUGAGAACCUGAAGGGAAAUCAUGUUGGCUCUGAGAUGGCCGCUAAUACAGUAGCACUCCUUCACGGCCUCAAGGCCGUUUACGCGCCCAUGCCGGUCUUCAUGGACCGACCGUGGAGCACGGAGCAGUUGCAAAAGUGGUUCAACCCCGGACCAGGAGGUACCAGUGGAGGACCGGGUAGCGCCAUGGGUUGGGGCCGCGAGCAUCGGUUCCAAGGCACCACUUGGUACUACCGGGCUCAACCGCCUCAGCGGCUGUAUAACAACUGGAUGGGAUAUGAGGACACGGGAAUCGGUGGCAGGGCAUGGGAGAAGCGCAAUGGCCGUCCGUGUCUGCCAGCGAUGUUCGUACAUCCCAUCAAGGAUGUUAUGCCAACCUGGUCAGGAUACGCCAGCCAGUCGGAGUUGCCGUACAACUGGUGGGAGGUUUUCAAGGACAAGGAAGAAAAGGAAAGCAAAGACUGA